CGUAGACCACGUACCCCGAUUCCUCAGAGCGUCGCGCAGUACUGCCGUGUGUUUGUAGCCCGUGUGUCCAGUCACACUUACUGGGGAUUGAGUGGGGAAGGUAAGCGGCGGAUAGGAAGGGGGACUUCAGCGCCGCUCCGAAAUGGCCGGGCAACAGUUCCAGUACGAUGACAGCGGCAACACAUUUUUCUACUUCCUAACGUCCUUCGUCGGACUCAUUGUCAUCCCGGCCACCUACUACCUCUGGCCAAGGGAUCAGAAUGCGGAGCAGCUACGGCUGAAGUCUCUGCGGAGAGUGCACGGAAGGUGUCUGUGGUACCGGCUGCGCUUGAUGAAAUCACAGCAAAGCAUAGUCCCAACUCUAAAAAAAGCAGCCUUGUUAUUCGGAUGGGCUGUGUUUUUGUUCCUUGCCUACAAGGUGUCUAAAUUAGACAGGGAGUACCAGGAGUACAAUCCAUAUGAGGUUUUAAAUCUAGAGGCGGGUGCGUCUGUUGCUGAAAUCAAGAAGCAGUAUCGAGUGCUCUCCCUGAAGUACCACCCUGAUAAAGGUGGCGAUGAGGCCAUGUUCAUGAUGAUCGCUAAAGCUUACUAUGCUUUAACAAAUGAGGAGUCGAGGCAGAAUUGGGAGCAGUAUGGCAAUCCUGACGGCCCUAGAGCCACAAGCUUUGGAAUUGCUCUACCUGCCUGGAUUGUGGACCAGAAAAAUUCCAUGCUGGUAUUGCUCGUAUAUGGCCUUGCUUUUAUGGUCAUCCUUCCAGUUGUGGUGGGCACUUGGUGGUAUCGCUCAAUACGCUACAGCGGAGACCAAAUCCUCAUCAACACUACGCAGCUCUUCAUGCACUUCAUGUACAAAACCCCCAACAUGAAUAUGAAACGGUUAACAAUGGUGCUGACGGCCGCCUUCGAGUUCGACCCACGUAGCAACAAGGAAGCCACGAUCAGGCCCACAGAUAACGUAGAAGUGCCUCAGCUGAUCCGUGAACUGGGCAACAUCAAUGUGAAGAAGAAGGAGCCUCCCUUCUGCUACCCCUACAGCCUGAAGGCCCGUGUGCUGGUCCUGUCCCACCUCGCCAGGAUGGAGGUGUCCGAGGACAUUGAAGAAGAUCAGCGGUUUGUGGUGCGGAAGAGCCCGGCUCUGCUGCAGGAGAUGGUGAAUGUGGGCUGUCAGCUCACCAUGAUGGCAAACAGCCGAGGAGGGUUCCACGCCCCUCGCCUGGUCUCCAUAGAGAACUGCAUGAAGCUGACCCAGAUGACUGUGCAGGGCCUGCAGGAGUCCAAGUCCCCCCUCCUUCAGCUGCCACACUUUGAGGAGGAGCACCUCCGGUACUGCAUCUCUAAGAAGUAUAAGGUGCGGAGUCUCCAGGACCUGGUGAGCCUGAAGGAGUCAGACCGCCGUAGCAUGCUGCGCUUCCUGGGAGAGGAGAAGUACGACGAGGUUAUGGCCGUCCUCGGGAGCUUCCCGCACAUCACCAUGGAGACCAAGCUCCAGGUGUUGGAUGACGAAGACAGCAAUAACAUCACAGCUGGCUCUAUCGUGACUGUCACGGUCACUCUGACGAGAAAAACGAUGGCAGACGUAUUUGAGAAGGAACAGGAUAUACAGUGUACAGGAGAAGACACCAAUGUGGAGGAGGCGCAAGGUGACGCCGGCAAAAACAAAACCAAAGUUUGGCAGAGCAAGAAUAAAGGAGCCAAGAAGGCAGCCAAGUCGAAGAAGAAGAAGCUGACCAAGAAGAGGGCCGUCGGUCAGCAGCAGCAGAAGACGGACAAGCAGAAACAGGCCAACGGGAACGUGGCAGGCAACGAAGCAGUUGCCGCCGCUAAAGAGGAAGACGAUGACGUGUCGGACAAGGGCAGUGACUCGGAUGAGGGGGAGGCCAACAAGGAUUCGCCCAGCGAACGAGAUGAAGAGAGCGAUAAGCAGAGCGACACAGAAGUGGACGAUAUGGGCGGAGACGAUGAGGAGGAAUGGGCAGCCUUGCAGCAGAGUAUUCAGCGCAGGGAGAGGGCUCUUCUGGAGACCAAGUCAAAGAUCACACACCCCGUCUACAGCCUUUACUUCCCAGAGGAGAAGCAGGAGUGGUGGUGGCUCUAUAUUGCGGACAGAAAAGAACAGACGUUGGUGUCGAUGCCCUACCAUGUCUGUACCCUCAAAGACACAGAAGAGGUCGAACUGAAAUUCCCUGCGCCUUCAAAAACCGGAAACUACCAGUAUUCAGUGAUUUUGAGAUCGGAUUCUUACAUGGGGUUAGAUCAGAUUAAACCAUUAAAGCUGGAGGUCCACGAGGCCAAACAGAUGCUCGACAACCACCCGCAGUGGGACAUCCCCGAGACCGAGGAGGAAGAGGAGGACCAGGAGGACAGCGACGGCAUCGAAGAGAGCGAGGAUGAAGAUGAGGACAACGACUAACCCCGCGAAACGGACUGACCCCCCCCUCCCCCCACGACAACCCUCCCCUUCCACCCGACAGCUACGACGAGAACAACCCGCCCGUGCAUCUGCGCAGAGACCCACAGGGGCGCGCUCCGUCUGUCUCUUCCAGUUUUUUAAAUUACUUAAAUGGAGAAAAAGAAAAACGCAAACGAUCCAGACCCCGGCGAGUCUGAAAUUUGGGCUGUCAGUUGUUUUGUGUGUCAGGAUGAGGAGCGCGUGCCACAGGCCGUGGGUGCCAGCACUGCCCUGGGAAGCCACUGACACACCAUUCAGCAGGGGCCCCUCACCUGUCUCUGCUUUGGAUCUGGGGGUGCAUAGGGAGCCACCCCCGCAUCACACCUCCGUUAAACAAAUAAAGAACUGGCCUGUAACAGUAUAGCUCAUGCCUUUUUUUUGGGGAGGGGGGGAGUUAAGUUUUAUUUUGUAGUUUUAGUGUACAGGAAGUCUGUUUAAAAAGUGGAAUUGUGAGCCAUUUACUUAAAAACUAAAAAAAAAAAAAAAAGUUAAAUGUUGUAUCUGUUCCAAUUUUCAAAGGGGGUUUCUCUGGGUAUAGAUCUGUGUUGUCACAACACGUGACAAAGUGUGUUCUUUUAAUCACGUGGGGUUGCUGUAACGCCGGGCUCUGUGUUCUUGUCAGACGAUCUCUGGAGUUUCACAGGGGCCAGGAGCUGCUCAGCCCCUCUCAACAGGCCUCAGCACUUGGCACUUCGCUCUUAGAUAUUUUUUAGACCGCAAGUGGACAUUCCACCAUGGACUUAUCUCUUAGUGAUGGUAUCCUUCCUUGCCCACCCAAAGACAGUACUCCCGAUCAUUAUUGGUAAUAGUCUUCACAUGCUUGGUUUGUUUUCAGUGCUUCUGUAUGUAAUUUUUUUUUCCAAAGGACAUUUUUAUUAUAGCCAUCCAGUCUGUUACCUGAAUCUGAGAUGUCAGAGCUGAAUAGACCUUGGAACUAAGUUCAUGGCUGGGGGUCUGGCAGCAUAACAGUUGUAUAAAGCAGUUCUAUUCAACUUGCCUAAAUUAAGUGGUACUUAACUUCAGUUGAAUGCAGUUGAAUGGAACCUCAAGAACUGUGACAUGGAGACAUUGAUGUCUCAGUUCUUUCCCUUCCCAUUUGACAGUUUGGGUUGUGAUAUCGCUAAGUUUCUGUCGGCCCAUGUUCCGUCGUACGGUUUUGAGAAGCAUAUGGAGGUAAUUGUGGUUUACUGUGUUGUACAUUCCAGUCAGCUCCUUCAUCUGAAAGGCCUUAUAAAAAUCGCAAGAUUACGACAUUGAGUAGAAAGUCACGUGUGCAAUGAACCUGUUUAGGAGUUUUUUCCCCUUACUGAAAAUCUUUGGCCUUCAUUUAAGUUUUUAGUAAUCCAGGCUGUGCUGUGGUCUUCUGGUUAGACGAUCCAUAGAAUUGUCCAGGUGCUGUUAGGUCAAUGAAUGAUGAGGAAAGGUUAGCCUAUUAGGGAUGUACUGUGCAGUGGAUUGGAAGCCUUGUUCUUGCAGAUUCAGCUCAAACACCUGAAAAUGAACUUUGAUAAAUGAGUGGAGGUAAUCAGUACAUGCGCUCUUUUGGAAUUUGUGAAUGGACGUAUUUUGUACCAAAGCUUGCUCCCAAUGUAAUAUGCAGACACGUUGGUCUGUAUGAGAUGGUUUCAUUUACACAGUGCCACUGUUGCAGUAAAAAAAGAUCUGCUUGUGAGGGUGAUAACGGUGUUUGAAUUAAAAGAGCUUGUCCUUCAGAGUAGUUCAACUGUAAAAAUUUCCAUUUCACUCAGUUGAGCAAAACUACAUAGGGGACAGCACCUGCACACGAACGGGGGACCAUGUAUUCAUUGAAUGGCGUGAGUGCAUUAGGUAGUGCAAAGCUGACCAUGUUGGCAAUGUACUGAAGCCAAGGCAAAAGACAGACAUUAUCAUUUGGGGAAUUUUGGUAAUUCACUGCAAUGUUUUUUUUUAAAUUUAUUUAUUUUUUUAUUUUAAAGCAACUAAAGUUCUGUAUCCUGCAAACAGCCUCAAUCAGUCCCAGGUAAUUGGUAAAAGGAUGAUGUCCAUCUGAUUGGAUAUUGUCUAAAAUGUAGAAAUGUAUCAAAUGUAACUAGCAGUACACUUUUACAAAUCUUUUUUUUUUUUUUUUUUCUUCAAAUCUUUUUUUUUUUUUGGUCAGUUUGAAUUUAUCAUCAUAGACCUAGGCGCUGAACCUAGCUGACUUACGUAUUUUGUAGUUAUGUCUGGAAGCUACGUAAAUGAACUAAACUUUCGUAGUGACUCAUAAAAAUAGAAUGUUUUUUUUUUUUUUUUACUUAGUAUAAAUGUACUGUUGGAGGGAAAAGGUUCUAUAAGGCUGCAUGCUCUGUAAACGCAAGCACCAAACUGUAAAAUCAAGUUUCAAACAGGUUAUCUAGAAGAUUAUUGUACUCAAGUAUUAUUAAUCUGCAAGAAUGUAGCAUUAGUUAACAUGCUGUAUUUAAAACUGCAGUAACAUACAUCUACAUAAAUGCAGUCUUCAGAUUCUUACAGGCCAAAUAAGAAUUAAUUACCCAGUAAUAU